AUGGUGGUGCCAGCUACAGAGCUUCUCAUAUUCCUCGGUCUCUUCUGGGGCAAACCUGGCUCAUUUGCUGCUCUGGAUAACUGUGUUUUCUUGGGGGAAGAGGAGAAAAACAGUCUGUAUGAAGAUGGAGAUGUAGUUAUAGGAGGCUUAUUCCCUUUUCAUUACAGCCCUGUGUCUUCUCUUCAUACAUACACAACAAAACCAGCGCCUAAUACGUAUAAGGAUUUCAGUUCUCGUGCUUUACGCUGGAUGCAAACCAUGACUUUUGCAAUCAAAGAGAUCAACCAGCGCAGGGACCUCCUGCCACAGCUCAAGCUUGGUUUCCACAUCCGUGACAGCUGUGGUGACAAACCUGUGGCUCUGAGAGCAUCUUUUCUGUUGUUGAAUGGACAGCCAGAGAUUGACACUGGAGAUGAAAGCUGUGCUGCUGUACAAAGUACUGUGUCCCCAGUAAUCAUAGGGGGUGCUGCCUCUGGGGUGUCAGUAGCUCUGCUAAGAGGCCUGGGUUCUUUCCAUAUCCCCCUGGUGAGCUAUUUUGCAUCUUGCAGCUGUCUGAGUAACCAAAGGGAGUUCCCCACAUUCAUGCGCACCAUGCCCAGUGAUGCCUUUCAGAUUAAAGCCCUGGCCCAGCUGGUGAGCUAUUUUGGCUGGACCUGGGUGGGAGUCAUUGGCAUGGAGUCUGAUUAUGCUCGCUUUGCCAUCCAGCUUUUCCUGCAAGAGUCAGUGCAGUAUGGUGUAUGUACUGCCUACACUCACUUCUACCCUGUUGCAUUACAUCAGCAGGCUCUAAAUGAGCUUUUGGAUGUUAUUCAGAUGUCUUCUUCGAAGGUCAUCAUUAACUUCAGUAGUGAGUCAGAGAUGGAAGUCAUUCUAAGAGAGAUCCGACAUUGGAAUAUUACCGGCCUGCAGUGGAUUGCCAGUGAGGCAUGGGCCAGUGCCAGGUCUCUCUGGGAAAAUUUUGGAGAUCUGCUGACAGGAACACUAGGAUUUGCCAUCCGCAGAGCUGAUGUGAUUCCAGGGCUCAAACAACACCUCGCUGGACUUAGACCAUCCAAUAUUCAUGAAUCAGCUAUCUUGACAGAAUUUUGGGAAGAGCUGUUUAACUGCCGAUUGAACGGGUCAAUGAAUGUCCAUUCACAUGGAGGCGACAACUACCUCGACAGAUUGCCAUGUAAAGGGACAGAGAAUUUAAAUGAUGUUUACUCUCCUUAUUAUGAUGUGACACAGCUAAGAGUGUCCUAUAAUGUCUACAAGGCUGUGUAUGUGGUGGCCCAUGCCUUGCAGGAUAUGAGUAACUGCAAAAUUGGACAGGGGCCUUUCCUUAAUGGUGCCUGUGCAGACCCAAAGACUGUUAAACCUUGGCAGCUAAUGCACUACAUGAAGCAUGUUAAUUUUUCUGUACUGGGGGAGAAAGUAAACUUUGAUCAAAAUGGUGACCCCAUUGCUUAUUAUGAUCUCUUGAACUGGCAAAAGAGGCCUGAUGGAUCACUACAUUUGGUAAAAGUAGGUUUCUAUGACGCUUCCUCACCUGGACGCAGCCUGGUCAUAAAUGACUCAGUGAUCCAAUGGCCUGUUGGGAAGCAGGCUUCCCGGUCUGUAUGCAGCGACAGUUGUCCUCCAGGUUACCGCAUCUCCAGGAGAAAGGGGGAGCCUAUCUGCUGUUUUGACUGUGUCCCCUGUGCUGAGGGAGAAGUUAGUAAUGAGACUGAUUCUCUAGAGUGCUCACGCUGCUCAGAGGACACAUGGCCCAAUAAAGUCAGAGAUCACUGCAUCCCAAAGACUAUUGAGUUCUUGUCCUACUUUGAGUCGAUGGGUAUUGUGCUGUGUGUUGUAUCUGUUGUUGGAGCAUGUAUUUGUCUCUCUGUCCUUGCCAUAUUCUUCACAUACAAAGACACUCCACUGGUUCGGGCCAACAACAUGGAAUUGAGCUUCCUACUCUUGGUGUUUCUUGCUGUCUGUUUCCUUGUUGGCCUGUUGUUCAUUGGCAAGCCUUCAGACUGGCUUUGUGUUCAGGAUUAA